AUCCAAGUAUACGAUGGUGUAUGCGAUGGUCUCGCUGCAGAGAUGAGCUCUUCAUAUGGCAAUUGCUCCGUACUUGGCAUCUAUAUAGAUACGAUGUAAAAUGGGUCCUCCCCGUAGCUGUACAUGUACUCCAUGUAGAGCACUCAUUCAAUUCGUUUCAUCAUAAGGAUGCCGAGGAAGCUGGUCGGGGGGGCAUACACAUGUGCCGUCCAAUAGCAAUAUUGAUGCGAAGCAGCACAAACGUAGCACCUCGUCGUAGCACUCCGGACCGUGCCUACACUCAUCUGCGUUGCCCCAUGUCCACCUGAACACCACACAUGCAGGGAAGCAGGUGAAGAAGGGAGACCGUUGUUAUUGUUCUGGGGGCGGAAAAGCGCAAUAUAUGCAAGUACAAGGGGGCAU